ACCGAUUGGAGGAAAGUCUUUAAAAAAGUCCGCCAACACGCAGAGCGGCCGCCCUCUGCUGAGCCUCUUCACUGGUUGGUGAGGCAUGACGCGUCUCGCUCUGACGGACAUAUAAACGAGGAUUCCGGCUGCUGGAGGCAUUCGUUCUUAGACGAGCGUUAAACAAAGACCUUUAAAAUGUCUGGCCGCGGAAAAACUGGAGGAAAAGCCAGAGCCAAGGCUAAGACCCGUUCGUCUAGAGCUGGACUCCAGUUCCCUGUGGGUCGUGUCCACAGGCUGCUGCGCAAAGGCAACUAUGCGGAGCGCGUCGGUGCCGGAGCUCCCGUCUACUUGGCGGCUGUUCUAGAGUAUCUGACUGCUGAGAUCCUGGAGUUGGCUGGAAACGCUGCCCGUGACAACAAGAAGACCAGGAUCAUUCCCCGCCACUUGCAGCUAGCUGUCCGCAACGACGAGGAGCUCAAUAAACUACUGGGUGGAGUCACCAUCGCCCAGGGCGGCGUCCUGCCCAACAUCCAGGCAGUGCUGCUGCCCAAGAAGACCGAGAAACCCGCAGGGAAGGCAAAGUAAACCUGGAUCAGCUGUGAUCAACAAAAACGGCUCUUUUAAGAGCCACACAAACAAACUAAAGAACAGAGUUUUCAUCUGUAUGAGCCCGUUGUUUUAGUUGAUGUUAAUUUACACUUGGAGCUGUGAGUGAAACACAUCUAUAUUUAGUCUAAUUGCUUAUUGGCUUAAAGAAGGAAGUGCUGGUGAGAACAUGAAGCAAAACCUGCACAUCAAUGUCUCACUGCACUGAUAAAAAAAACUGACCUGUUAAUGACAAUUUACACAUGAAACUGAACAGCCAAGCAUCUUGUACUCUCGACUGAUCCACUUCUCCAUUAACUGUCAGAACUAUCAUGUGCACUAUGUUUAUCCUUCCCUGCAUAUUGACUAGGGGUGUCAUCACCAGGAACGGUGUGUAAAUCAUCCAAAGUCUGGACUUACCGGGCUGUCAGAGUCACUGCUGACCCCACACACAAACUGUUCACACUCCUCCCCUCUGGCAGGUGUCACAGAGCCGUAGCCACUAGAAUCACCAGACACAGAGGCAGCUUCUUCCCACAGGCUGUUUCUGAGCCGAACUCUACCAGUCACAAUCGUCACUCAAUAACUUUUCACAGCUACAAACAUAAAUGUGCAAUAACCACAAAUUGUACAAUUUUUUUGUCAUAAGAGGGAAUAAAGAUGGCGUCAGACCACAUAUAAUU